UAAUAAUCUUUGAUAUCAUUUCGCUGGAAUUAUUUAUUAAAGCUUGAACUACUUAAAAAUUCCUAUGCAAGAGCUUUUCGAUUGCUUUCAAGAAGAAGAUUAGCUAUUGUUGUUGCUCUUACAGACCGACUAAUGUUUAAAAUAUUUCUUAUGACAGAAGAAUUUUGUUAAGUUUCGAAAUGUGAUUACUUACCCUUUCCGAAAUACUUACUCUCAAAACAAUGAUAGCAGCAUUGUUUAUUUAUACCAAGAGAACAUGAAGUUUCUUUCUGUAAAGCAUUUCCAAAGCAGGCAUCUGAAGUACUUCUCAACUAAUGGCAAAACUUAAUGCUCAUCGUUUAUUAUGUGGUACCUUGGUAUUACUUAUUGUGGAUAUCAUCUGGGUUGCAUCAUCUGAAUUAACUGAAUACAUUUUCAAAGAUGAAAACUUCAGUAAGCCUUUUUUUAGUACAUAUGUAAAGACAACCAUGUUUAUUCUCUACUUACUUGGAUUUGUAUUUUGGAAACCAUGGCGACAUCAAUGUUCUACCAAACCUAUGUAUACACUUGUGGAUCCUGUCACUGCUGAACCUGAAGAAAAUGAUGGUACUUAUGUUGAAGCAGAACCUUUAUUGAGUGAAUCUAUUUGGAUACCAAUCAAGUACCACGAUGGUAGUGGCGAAAAAAGCAGUGGUAAUGAAUCUGAUGACUCUGUUUCAAGAUCAAGUGUGAAAUCCGUGCAUUUUAAUCAAGUUACUGAAGUAAGGCAUUUAUCUGAAUCGCAAGCAGAUGAUGCUUUAUUAGCCCGGUUAUCUUAUUCUGCUUCACUUCGAGCUCAGGAAAAUGCUUUGAAAGCUGCAAAUAAAUUGCCUAUGAAACAAGUAGCAAGAAUAGCUCUGCUUUUUUGUGUGUUGUGGUUUUUAGGUAAUCUUUCAUAUCAAGAAGCUUUAUCCAAUACUGAAGCAGGUGUUGUUAACAUAUUAUCAUGUUCAUCUGGUUUAUUCACUUUAAUACUGGCUUCUGUGUUCCCUGCAAACAGUGGCGAUCGUCUUACAUUAUCAAAAUUCUUGGCAGUUUUAUUGAGUAUUAUUGGUGUUGCAAUAAUUUCAAAUGCCGAUAAAGGAGUUCAGAAUUAUUUCCCACCUGGCGCCGUGUGGUCUAUUCUUGGAGCAUUCUUUUAUGCAGCCUAUGUUGUUCUCCUUCGACGGAAAGUUGAUAAUGAAGAAAUGCUGGAUAUUCCAAUGUUUUUUGGUUUUGUAGGACUUUUCAACCUUCUUUUCAUGUGGCCAGGUUUUGUAUUCUUGCAUUACACCAAAGUCGAAGAAUUCCAAUGGCCUUCUCGACACCAGUGGCUACUUUUAUUGUGCAAUGGCCUGGUGGCUACAGUGUUUUCUGAAUUGCUUUGGUUAUGGGGCUGUUUUCUCACUUCAUCUUUAAUAGCAACAUUAUCAGUUUCACUGACCAUUCCUUUAACCAUUUUCUUCGACAUUUUUCUAAAAAAGGUUGACUAUCCAUUGCAGUUUUUCUUGGGUACACUUCCUAUGUUUGUAUCAUUUUUUGCUGUGGCUUUACUGACACAUUACGAAAAUUGGGAUCCAGUAUUAGUUGGUGUGAAAAAGCUAGUCAAUUUCUGCAAAAAAACGCAAAGAGUACAUGACAUUGAUUAUGAACAGACUGAGUCUCUCAUAAAUGUAAAUAGUGAAUAUACAUAGCAUUCUGCUAUAUUUCAUCAUCAUAAAUUUACUUGCUUCUAUUCAAGAUAUUUGGUUCUGUUAAAAUCUGGAGCUUUAUGUAAUAUUGAAUGUUGAACCAUCAUGAAGCCAAAUUACAUUUUUAAAAUCAUUUUAUUUUCAUGUAUUAUAUCAUCAUCAUCACAAAUUUUAUAUACCAUAUGAAAAUGGUUUCAAGGACAUGGACGUCGUAAAUUAUUUUUUUCAUUAUUUUCGAAUCUUAAUUAUUGGACAUAGACUUUAUAGAUUACUUUUACAUUGUUUGAGUCUUUAUUGUUUCUAAGUAUAUUUAUGUACAAAAAGCUACAUAUUUGUUAUUUUUUUAUGAGUUUAUAUGAAUAUUAUUACUAAUUUCAGAAACAAAUGCUAGUAUUAUGUAUAUGUUUUAGAUGAAAUAUUUAUAAAUUUUCAUAUUUAUAUAUUUUAGUAAUUUUUAGACAUUUUUAUGAUGCAUCUAAUUUUAAUUAUCUACUGCUAAUUUAAACAUCAUUUAAUGCCAAAUGCUUUACAUUAAUGUUAUUAAAAACUGUUGCAUAAAUGUUUUGCUAGUUGUAUUUGAAUGUAAAUAGAAAUAAAUUUAUUAGUGAUUUCUAAAUUUCAUAUUUAUAAACUGCCAUGUGAUAAUAAAUUUAUAUCAGCAACUAGUAAGUGUCUCAUAAGUGUAAAAGUGAAUAUUUCAGAAUUGGAAAAUAAAGAGCAAAUGAAAUUUGAGUUUUCAUUUAAAUGCGUUUUUGAUUUGUACUUUUAAUUGGUGUUGUGAAGAGGAACACUUAAAAAUGUGAAUUGAAUCUUAUUAAAUGUGUGUUCUAAAAUCAUUGGCAUUUUAUUGUUAUUGAAGAAUAUGCAGAACGUAAUAAAAAUAUUAUUUUGAAACUUU